CAAAAAUAUAGCCUAUUUAAUGUACGAAAAAUAUCAUUAAAAGCUAUUAUGAAGAAUGUUACACUAAAAGAAAACAUUAAAUGCAGAGGUUAUAGAACAUUUUUAUGGAGUAUAUUUAUUAUAUUGUAUGAAUCCAAAAUAUAAAGGAAGAACUUAUAUAGGAUAUACAGUUGAUCCUCGACGUAGACUCAAACAACAUAAUGCUGGAAAGGAGCAUAAAGGAGCAUGGAAAACAAGUAACAGGGGACCAUGGAACAUGGUAUUAAUUAUUCAUGGAUUUCCAAAUAGUACAUCUGCACUUAGAUUUGAAUGGGCUUGGCAACAUCCUUAUGUUAGUAGACGUCUUAAACACAUCCCUAAGAAAAAGUCACGCCAGAGAGUAUUUGAAUAUCAUUUAAUAGUUCUAUCAGAAAUGUUAAAAGUUGGACCUUGGUGUCGUUUACCCUUGACAAUACGUUGGUUGGACUAUGAAUUUUUUCAAGAAUACUCUUACUGUAUUUCAGCCCCAAUGCAUAUGCCUAUAUGUUGUGGUAAAGUUAUUUCUCAAAAAAUCAAGAAGGCUAAUGAUGAGGAAUUAAAUGGAACUCAAACAUUAGAGAAAUCAUCUGCAGUUUGUUCUAUAUGUGGUUUGGUUUUAGAAAAAAAAGAAUUAGUUACUUGUAUAAAACCUAACUGUCUUUUAGAAGCUCAUUUAAUUUGUCUGGCUAAAGUAUUUUGUAAAGAUAAUAUGAUUUUACCAAUUGAAGGCAUCUGUCCUACUUGUAAUACUAAUGUUUUAUGGGGGGAUUUAAUUAGAAAAAAGAUUGGUUGUUAUGAAAAUUUACAAGAAAUUUCUAUAACUGAUAAUUAUGCAUCAGAUUAAUGAUAUACAUAUUUUGAAUUGUACAUAUGGUUUAGUAAUUCUAUUAUAAGAUAAGAAACUUAAAGUAUUAUAAAUAAAGAAAUUUUUAUAGUUUUACAACUGAUGCUUGUGUUAACUUUGUAUUUUUACUUAAAAUAAAUUAUAUGAAAAGAUGAA